AGACAGAGGUGGCAAAUGAAAUGAAGAUAAGUCACUCCCCUGUGCUACAUAGGACUUAUAACUGAACAUCCUUUCCCCUCUAAUCCUCAUUUACUAAGCAGACUCAGGAGUUAAGCAAGACAAAGAGCUCAAAACACAAUGAAUAACAAACGUACCACUAGUCGCCGUGAGAUUUUGUCACAUGAUGCUGAUGGACUCAAAAACUUUUGGGAGAAGAAAAUUGAAAAACAAACGGUUGCAUACAAGUAUGAAGAUGCCAGAAGGAACAAAAGUGCUCUUUCAAAACUUAGAGAAGAAUGGAGACAGCGACUGGAACAUAGAAUUAAUAUGUUGCAGUCUCUCCAAGAAGAACAGAGGAGACAACUUUAUGCAACACCAAAGGAGUCUUUCCAUCCCAAAGCAAAUACCGCAGCCUAAAGCAUGAGCAAAGAAAUCUGAUGUCAAGAAUAGUGCAUUAUUAAAGCAAAGAAAAUCUUGCAAACACUGUAAAACUUAAUUAAUGAUUCUGAGUAAUGCGGCUACUUGUAUUUAAUAUUUUUGCAUAAUCUUUGAGUGAAGUGACUGAUGUUGGUUAGCAUUUCAGAUAAUGAGGAAAUUAAUUUAUUUUUUUAUUAUGUAUUUUAUUAUUGUGCAUAUUAAUUAGUUCAUUGGUAUUGUUGCCCAUUGUACACAUUAAAGUUCCAGUGUUAAGAAUUAAAUACAUUACAUUAGAUAUCCUCAAAAAUGCAUAUUUAUAAGGUGUGUGCUGUUCUUUUUGUCAUUAAAAAACAAAUUGAGCACGUCUAAA